AAACAGAAGGCAUCAACGUGAGGUAGAGAUAGAAAGAAACAAGGCCUAAGAGGAGUCCUUAACCUCCCAAGCCUAUCCAUAAUCUGACACUCAUACUUCAGUCUUAACCUGGUCUCCAUUCUUAUUUGAUCUCAAAUAUAAAUAGCCAUUUCAAACCUAUCUCAAAUAGCUUUCUUGCCCUGCUUUCCAUUGCCUUCUUCCCUGAUGGCGAUAUACAUUGUUAGAGUCUCUACAGGCUCCUUUCUUGGAGUCGUGUCCUGGGACAACAUCUCAAUCAGUUUGCUGGGGACAGAAGGGGAAAGUCUUCCCCUGAAGCUGGGCAACUUUGGGAAAGAUUUCAACCAAGGGGUGGAGGAGGAUUUUGAAGUGAAGAUUCUCCAGGAUGUGGGUUCUGAAUUGCUGCUGCAAAUUCACAAUGCAUAUCCUGAGCAGCCCAAAUCCUCCUCUUUGAAUCCUGAUGCCUGGUUCUGCCAAGAGCUUCAGCUCAUUUCCCCUAAAAACCCUCCUCUCCAUUUCCCCUGUUACCAGUGGCUGGAAGGCACAGAGAGCCUGGUGCUUCGGGAGGGAGCAGCCAAAGUGAUCUGGGCUGAAUCUUCCCCAAUCCUCCUGGAGCAGCGCCGUUUGGAGCUCAAACAAAGACAACAGAAAUACAGAUGGAGUGAGUAUUUCCCAGGGUUGCCUCACUGUCUGGAUGCCAAAAAUCUGAAGGAGCUGGACCCAAAUCUUCGAUCCCUCACUAGCAAGAAUGUGCUUUCCUCUCCUUCAGCUGGUCGUCUUUCUUUCUGCAGCCAAAUGGGACUGAAAAUGAAGGGGAUGCUGGACCGCAAAGGCCCCUGGGAGAGUAUGGAUGAAAUCAGUGAAAUCUUUGCAUUCUUGAAGUCAGAAGUUUCAGAGUAUGUAGCUGAACAUUGGCAAGAUGAUGAGUUUUUUGCCUCCCAGUUCCUGAAUGGCCUGAACCCUGUCUUGAUUCAAUGCUGCCACAGCCUCCCAGACAACUUCCCUGUCACCAAUAACAUGGUAGCCCCCUUGCUGGGACCAGGUACCAGCCUUCAGGAGGAACUAGAGAAGGGUUCUCUGUACCUGGUGGAUCAUAGCCUCCUCUCAGGUCUCUCCCCUGGACUGAUUGAUGGGAGACCCCAAUAUGUGGCUGCCCCAAUGACUCUGUUACACCAGAAGCCAGAUGGUGGGCCACUCCUGCCCAUUGCCAUCCAGCUCAACCAGACUCCAGGCCCCAACAACCCCAUCUUCUUGCCAAGUGAUUCAGAGGAAGACUGGCUUCUCGCCAAGACCUGGGUCCGAAAUUCAGAGUUCCUUGUCCAUGAGAUGGUCACUCACCUGCUCUGCACUCACUUCAUUUCUGAGGUUUUUGCCAUAGCCACCAUGCGUCAGCUGCCCAUGUGUCAUCCAGUCUUCAAGUCUACAGCUUUAGGACACCUUGGCUGUCUUGAACUGGUAGCCAGAGGGAUGAAAAUCCUCACCUACCGUUCCCUCUGCUUACCCCACAACUUGGCUGAUCGAGGGGUACAGGGUCUUGCCAAUUAUCACUAUAGAGAUGAUGGGCUGCAGAUCUGGGGUAUCCCCACUUGCCUGGAGACCCUGCAGGACCUGGUUCAGUUUCUCACUAUGAUUAUUUUCAACUCUUCUGCUCAGCAUGCUGCAGUCAACAGUGGACAGUUUGACUUCAGUGCCUGGGUACCCAACAUUCCCACCUCCAUGAGACUGCCUCCACCCAUAACUAAGGGCACUGCAGACUUUCUAGGAUCCCUCGGGGAUGUCUCCACAGCUUGCCAUGCCCUGAUACUCUUCUGGGUUGUCAGUGACCAGGACAGAGACAUGGUAAGCCAAGCAGUUUCUUAUUGGGAUGGGGGAAACCAGAGUGUAAGAGAGUUGGGAGUUCAAAUCUGGGGGAGGAAGGGAGAACCUCAGAUACCUCAGUUCCAUCUGUUUCUCCAUUAUUCACAGAGGCUCCUGGGUACCUACCCAGAGGUGCACUUCACGGAGGAGGCCCCCAAACAAAGUAUAGCUGCCUUCCAGAGUCGCCUGGUCCAGAUCUCCCAAGACAUCCAGGAACGGAAUAAGGGCCUAGACCUGCCUUAUACCUACCUUGAUCCUCUCCAUAUAGAGAACAGUGUUGCUAUAUAACAGAGCCC